ACUUACCGUAGCUUCUCCUUGCCACAGAUCAUGUUUGAGUUACUGGACGCACCCUCGGUGCUCCUGGCCAACCAGAUGGAGAUGUCUCUGUACUCCUCCGGCCUGCUGAGUGGCCUGGUGCUGGACUCUGGCUACGGCCUGACCCGAGUGCAGCCGUUCUACCUGGGCUGCCCCCCACCUUUCAGUGGGAAGAUGCUGGAGUUCUCUGGGAAGGAUCUCUCAACGUAUCUCUUCAGUAGUCUGUUCAAGGAGGCCUGUGAUCACCACAACCUGUUCCAGAUGGACACGGUAGCUGCAGUACAAAUGGGCAAGUGUUUCAUGCCUCCGAGCCUAGAGGAGACCCUGGACUUCUGUCACAGUCUGCCCAGAGGUUCAAAGGAGAACAACACCUACCAGCUCCCAGAUGGCAUCACUGUGGAGCUGAGCCCCAGGCAGAUGAUGGCCCCUGAGAUGUUCUUUAACCCGCAUGUGUUUGACAUGCCAGGGCCCAGCAUCUCCCAGAUUAUUCUGGAUUCCGUUGAGACCUGCGAGGCCUCUAGUCACUCGCUGCUCAUGUCGCAUGUAUUGGCCUGUGGGGGGAACACCCUAUACCCCGGCUUUGCCACACAUCUGUUUAAAGAGCUGAGAUCCGGGUACCAUGGCCUGACUCAGAUCAGUGUGUGGGUAAGCGAAAACCGGCGUUUCAGCGUGUGGCUGGGUGCGUCCAUGGUCUCCCAGCUGUCUACCUACCAGUCCCAGUGGAUGACCAAAGAGGAAUAUCUAGAGACCAUAAGGCUGUGAUCAGUGGGCUGGCCCCAACACUGGCUCUUGUCACAUGGGAGCCAGUGGGUUCAUUUUAGGAAAUGGUCUGUGUGGGAGGAGGAGGGUAGUGUUUGUGGCUUUUGACUUCUAGGUUCAGCAGGGGUGUUUUAAGUUCCUUGGUUUUAUCUUGUGUAAGAUUAGGAUUCGACUCAAGAGAGGAGCAGGUGUCACUGUCAGAAAUCUUGAGGGGGACAGUUUUCCUAGGGUGGGUGACAUUGGGCGGGUGCCCUCUGCUGCCUCCAUGCCUGCCUUCCCCUCCAAUUUGCCGACACCCUCCUCCAGUUGCUCCCUUUGUAAUGGAGUGAGUUUUAACUGGGGUGGGAGAGGUGGAACCUUCUGAGGUU